AUGCGCUUACUGCCGGCGUUCACUCGGGAGGGUGAUUUCGCCGACACCGUUAUAACGAACCUGAAGGCAAUUGAACUGACAAUUUUCGACCGCCCGCAAGAUGGGAAGCAGCAAACGCGAGUAGUUUUCGAAUUGACUGUCAAUAAUGAUAUGCUCAAUGCAUUUGAUAUGAUGCAUGGAGGAUGUAUCGCGUUUUUGGUUGACGUGUGCUCUUCUGUGGCAUUGAGCCUGUUGGGCAUCGUCACGAAUGGCAAUGUGGCAUACGUUUCUCAAGCUCUGAAUACAACGUACUUUGCCGGUGCUCCACUAGGUGCGAAGCUGCAAAUCAUCAGUACCACAACGUCCGUCGGCAGUAGGAUCGCGAUUGCAGAGACUGAGAUCUGGGAUAUGACAGACCGUCGUCUCGUGGCCUCUGGCAUUCACACGAAAAUGAAGCCAUCCAGGGACGCAAUCAAGUUUGCCAGGUUAUAG